GAAUGUGGACGGGGAAGCUGCAGCCCUCGGUGCUCGGGGAAUCUGCAGAUCUUUAGUAAAUCAGCCGUCGAUGAACCGAAGGAUUGGCCGAUCAGUGAUCGUCUGCCCGGAGAUUGCAGGAUCAGAUCUCUGAGGACGCAGCCAUGUCUGGAAGCCGCUUCGCAGUCCUCGCAGGAUUUCUACUGACUGUUCUCUCCUGUAUAGACGCCAGCACUAGACUCACCAUUAAAGUGAUUCCUCCGACGCCUAAAGCUGGAGACCUCGUCACCCUCAGCGUCUUUGGCGUUCAGGGAACGAUCCAUUUUGCAACUUGGUACAAAGGUCUGAGCACGAGCGCCACGGAGCAGAUCCUGUCCCAUCUCGGCAGUAGGGACAUCCCUGGAGAGAAGUUCUUCUCCGAGGCCAGCGGCCGGCCCAACGGUUCACUGGUGAUUCAGGAUUUUCGGAAGGAAUUUUAUGGUGACUACACCGUCCAAAUACAGACCAGCGUCACUCUGCAAGAUGGCGAAGUGACUGUAAGUGGUGUCUCAUGUGCUGCUCUCUCUGCAUUCGCUCCUCUCUUCGGAUUACUCUUAUAUUCUUCCAUCAGCUACCUAUGACUCCAGCAGAGGACAGAUGCUGAAGGGAUUUUCUACUUAAGUUUAUGAGAUCAGGAAUGGAAGGAAAAGCGCAAUGGCAGCGGUGCGGAUCCUCCGCCAUUUAGUAUGAGAAGCCGCCACCGAAUGAACGAAGAGGGAAGAAGACACCAAAUCCCAAUGUCUCCUGACCACCACCUCCAGGGGCAUUGACCACUCCAUUAACCUCUUCCUCACCACACCUUGCUUCCUCUCAUACGUGACGGCUCUAGGAUUCUGACAUUUACUAAUUUAUUCAACACUGACAACUAUUAACCAUUUCGCUACCAGCGCCGUACAUGUACGGCGCUGGAGCGAUGUGCGAACAUGGUGCCCGCUCGCCCGUGCAGCGGGCAUCAUGGCCGGCAGAUCUCUGCUGUUUCAUACAGCAGAGACCUGCGGAUAAUAACCGUGACCGGCAUUAAUGCAGAUCGCGGUAAUUAAAUGCUUUAGAUGCCGUGACCAAGUGAGGUCACUCUUCCGGGUUUCCUACCGAUGUCCCGUGUCGCCUAAUGGGGCAUCAGUCCUUGUGCUGAACACGGUCAGCCUCGCUGAUGAGGUGGAAAGUGUUCAAGCUGCAAUUCUUAUUUUGGCCACCAGAUGGCAGGCCAGGAUGAGAAAUGGCAAAUAUAAAAUCCCUGAUAAACCAAAAUUUUAAAAAAUAAUUAAACUCAUAUAUAUGAGCCACAAAAUGAUCAGAAUUUUUUAAAAAAAAAAUGUAAAAAAAUAUAAAAGUUUAAAUCACCCCCCCUUUCCGUAUAAUAAAAA